AUGCAGGAACAGGUUGGAUCGAUUUAUGAGCGGCAAUCGCAAGUUGGCGAAGGCACGUACGGCAAGGUAUACAAAGCGAUCAACCAGAUCACGAAGGAGCGAGUGGCGUUGAAGCGUAUCCGGAUGGAAUCCGAACGCGACGGGUUCCCGAUCACUGCGCUGCGAGAGAUCAAGUUGCUUCAGUCUGUGAGGCACGAGAAUGUGGUGGCGUUGCUUGAGAUUAUGGUUGAGAAGGCACAGGUUUACAUGGUAUUCGAGUACGUUGACCACGACCUAACCGGGAUUCUGACGCACCCAAGCUUCAAGCUCGAGCAAAGCCACAUCAAGCAUCUGCACAAGCAGCUCCUCGAAGGUCUGGCGUACUUGCACAAGCGCGGGAUUCUGCACCGGGACAUCAAGGGCUCGAAUAUUCUGAUUAGCAGUAGCGGGGAUCUGAAGCUUGCGGAUUUCGGCCUGGCGCGGUUUUACAACAAGCACAAGUCGACGCUCGAGUACACGAACCGGGUGAUCACGCUGUGGUACCGCCCCCCUGAACUGCUGCUUGGCGCGACGGCGUAUGGCGCAGCGGUGGAUGUGUGGGGUGCCGGGUGCCUGAUGGUCGAGCUGUACACGCGGAGCGCUGUGUUUCAAGGCCAUGACGAGAUCGAGCAGUUGGAGGCGAUAUAUUCAGUGAUGGGCACGCCGACGAAAGAGAGCUGGCCAGAUAUGGACAAGCUGCCUUGGUAUGAGCUGGUGAAGCCGCCGGAGGAGAAGGCGAGUCGGUUCAAGUCGAUGUUUGAGAGUCUUCUUCCGCCAUGCGGCCUUGAACUAGCGAUGCAACUGCUAUCACUGAAUCCCGCUAAUAGGCCAUCAGCCGAGAAAGCGUUAGAGCACGAUUAUUUUGCGCACGAAGAGCCAAAGCCUGUGCGGCCUGAUAUGCUUGGUGAUCUUGGAGAAUGGCAUGAAUACGAAUCGAAACAGCGAAGGCGACGAGAGCGGGAACGAGCUGCGCAGCAGCAGCAGGCGGGAAAGAAGGAGUAG